GAAUCUACGUCUGUGCCAAGUGUGGACAUGAGCUCUUCUCCAGCCGGGCCAAGUACGAGCACUCGUCCCCGUGGCCAGCCUUCACCGAGACCGUCCACCAGGACAGCGUGUCCAAGCGCAAGGAGCGCCCGGGGGCUUUAAAGGUGUCUUGUGGCAAGUGUGGCAACGGGCUUGGCCAUGAAUUCCUCAAUGACGGGCCACAGAGGGGACAGUCCCGCUUCUGAAUAUUCAGCAGCUCGCUGAAAUUCGUCCCGAAAGGCAAAGCAGACAAGGACCUGAAGGAGAAGUAA